ACCACAAAUUAUGUUACUGAGAGAAAUACUGUUAUUGUUUCCCUUUUGGAUAUUUUUCUUUAUUUUUUUUCCAUCUUUGCGCUCAAGGAUUUCGCAUCUCUUUCUUGGUUGGAUGAGAAAAUGACCCAAAGAACAAUGGCAUGGCGAGUAUAUUUGCUGAAUUACGUUGUUGCUCUUUCUGUUUGCGUGGUUAUUGGCCAGGUCACUUACUCCAUCCGUGAAGAAAUUGCAGUCGGGUCUUUGAUCGGUAACGUAGCAUCGGAUUUUGAUUUAGACCCGCAAAGGCUGAACGCAGGAAAAGCUCGUAUAUAUGGCACGGAUUACGUUGAGCUGAAUAGAGGAAGAGGAGACAUUGUUAUCAAAGAGCGGAUAGACAGAGAGGCUCUCUGUGGGCAGACGACGCCCUGCGCAUUUGAUUUUCAAAUAAUUUUAGAGAAUCCCAUGCAGUUUUACAGCAUUAAUGUGGAAAUUACCGAUAUCAACGAUAACGCUCCGUGUUUUAAAAAGACUGAAUUGAAAUUUGAAAUCAGCGAAACAGCUCAAGUAGGUUCGAAAUAUGUUUUAGAGAAAGCUGUUGAUGAUGAUGUAGGUUUAAAUUCUCUCCAGAGCUAUUCACUGAGUAUGAAUGAGAACUUUGUUUUAAAUCCUUACACAAUAGGGAGCCGUGCAAAUGUGGAAAUGAUUUUAAAUAAACCCCUUGAUCGAGAAAAAAGGGAUCGAUUAUCUUUAGUGUUGACUGCAAUGGAUGGUGGUAAUCCGCAGCUUUCCGGAACAAUUCAGAUCGUCGUGGCUGUACUUGAUGCUAAUGAUAAUGCACCCAUUUGUUCUCAAAGAGAGUACAAGUCAAACGUUAAAGAAAUUGCGACAAAAGGGACCGUUAUAGCAAGGAUCAGUGCGUCUGAUGCAGACGAAGGACCACAUGGAUUUAUACAAUAUUCAAUAUCCAAUAUGCCAAAAGGAGCAGUUGAUCUAUUUGAAAUAGACAAAGACAGUGGAGAUUUCAUAUUGUUGGGGCAGCUUGAUUAUGAAAAAUAUAAUAACUAUGAGAUAGAUAUUCUUGCAUCCGACGUAGGUGGAAACAAAGAUGUAUGUAAAUUGAUAAUAACUGUUCUAGAUAUAAACGAUAACCCACCGACGAUCAAUAUCAUGUCAGCAUCCUCCACCGUAUCUGAAGAUGCUGAACCUGGCACCGUUUUGUCAAUGAUAAAUGUUCAGGAUCCUGAUUCUAAUGAAAAUGGAAAUGUUCACUGCAGUCAUGAUUAUCAUGAUUACUUUAAAAUCUUGCCAACUUCUAAACAUUUCUUAAAGUUAGUGACAGACAGCACAUUAGACAGAGAAGCCAUGUCCGAUUAUAAUAUCACAGUAACCUGUUCUGAUGAAGGAGUACCUUCCCUUUCCAGCAGCGUCACCCUCUCGCUAAAGAUCUCCGAUGUCAAUGAUAACGCCCCUGUAUUUGAGAGGAGCUCAUAUGAGGCCUACAUUGUAGAAAAUAACACACCAGGACUCUCUAUAUUCACAAUAAAAGCAACAGACGCUGACUGGAACCAAAACUGCCGCGUUUCUUACAUAUUGGAGGACUCCUCUGUAAACGGAGUUCCAGUCUCCUCAUAUGUGUCAGUUAGUGCUGACAGUGGAGUCGUCCAUGCAGUUCGCUCUUUUGACUAUGAGCAGAUCAAAGAUUUUCAUUUUCACAUCAAAGCUCAAGAUGGAGGCUCUCCUCCACUCAGUAGCAACGUAACUGUAAAGAUCCAGAUCCAGGACCAGAACGAUAACCCCCCUCAGGUCCUUUACCCAGUCCAGACUGGUGGCUCUGUAGUGGCUGAAAUGGUGCCUCGUUCAGCAGAUGUGGGCUACCUGGUGACUAAGGUGGUGGCUGUUGAUGUGGACUCUGGACAGAACGCCUGGCUCUCCUAUAAACUACAGAAAGCUACAGACAGAGCGCUGUUUGAAGUGGGCUUACAGAAUGGAGAAAUAAGAACAAUCCGUCAGGUGACUGAUAAAGAUGCUGUGAAACAGAGACUGACUGUUAUAGUGGAGGACAACGGGCAGCCGUCUCGUUCGGCUACAGUUAUUGUUAACGUGGCGGUGGCUGAUAGCUUCCCUGAAGUGCUAUCAGAAUUCACUGACUUUUCACAUGACAAGGAGUACAAUGAAAACCUUACGUUUUAUUUAGUUUUGGCUCUGGCUGUAGUCUCCUUCCUAUUCAUUACGUGUUUGGUGGUUAUUAUAUCAGUGAAGAUCUACAGAUGGAGACAGUCCCGCAUCCUAUAUCACUCCAACCUCCCUGUGAUUCCAUAUUAUCCACCACGUUACUCAGACACUUUAGGAACAGGGAAUCUACCACACGUGUACAAUUACGAGGUGUGCAGGACAUCUGACUCCAGAAAAAGUGACAAGUUUGGAAGAGAUGGCAGCCAAAACGUUUUGAUAUUGGACCGCAGUUCCACAGGGACGAUGCAACGGAUGCAGAGUGAGAAGAGCAUCCUGGAUGAACCUGACUCUCCUGUUGAGCAUGAUAUGUAA